UGUAAGUAGGAGUAGGAAUUAUCAAUGCAAACAGGUUGGAAGCCCUAUAAAGAAUAAUAAGGAAUUAAAAAAAAAAUUACCUUUACUAAAUUAUCCUCUCAUUAGAAACUUUAGUGUGUUCUUUUUCUCAAUAGACAAGAAUUGAAAAUAAAAUCUAUUCAAACAUUUUUGUUAAGAAUGUUAUGAAUAAAACUAUGUAAUUAAUGGAAUUUGACUGAAUUGUUUAGAAUACAGUCAAAAAUUAGUGAGUAAAACAUAUGCAUGUAUAGACCUGAUGCUUAAAUAUAUUCACACACAAUGCAGGUCCAGACUGUCAAGCUUGAUGGUCUCUGCUUUCCCACACCAGCCCUUUUACAUCACCUUGCAGAAGCACUGUGUUCUAUGCCCAACCUGUCUGACCUGACACUUGGAAUAGCCCUUACUGGGGAUUUCUACUCUGCAUUGAAAGCAAAGGCAUCAUCCAUGCAGGGUUGUUUUCCUCAGAUCAGGAAGGGAAACUUCAAGUUCAAUGGAUUUACUCAAAAUGGUUUGAACUCAUUUCUUCACACCCUCUCAAGGUCAGCUCUCGGUUACCAUGGCAACACAUACAACACAGGAAAUGUCUCUUCUGAGCAAUCAAGAGCGAUGUACCAAGGAACCAUGGCAAGCACUAGUCAUGUGAACCCAUUACAUGCCAACAUCACCCUAUCAAGAGGGUUAGGUGCCAAUAUUUCAGUCUUGCAAGAUUACUACACUCGAUCCUACCAUGCCUCUACAUCCAUCGGUGAUGUACAUUAUCCAAGAAUGACAAUACCACCAUCAAACUACCCUCAACAGCAACCCAUGGGUGAUGUAAACUAUCCAAGAAUGACAAUACCACCAUCAAACUACCCUCAACAGCAAUCUAUGGGUGAUGUACACUAUCCAAGAAGGACAUUACCACCAUCAGACCACCCUCAACAGCAAUCUAUGGGUGAUGUACACUAUCCAAGAAGGACAUUUCCACCAUCAGACUACCCUCAACGGCAACCAAUGGGUGAUGUACACUCUCCAAGAAGGGCAUUACCACCACCACACUACCCUCAACAGAAACCCAUGGGUUAUGUAAACUAUCUAAGAAGGUCACUUCCACCAUCAGAGCACCCUCAACAGCAACCCAUGGGUGGUGUACACUAUCCAAGAAGGACAUUACCACCAUCAGACCACCCUCAACAGCAACCCAUGGGUGAUGUAAACUAUCCAAGAAGGACAUUGCCAUCAUCAGACCACCCUCAACAGCAACCCAUGGGUGAUGUACACUAUCCAAGAAGGGCAUUACCACCAUCACCAGACCACCCUUAACAGCAACCAAUGGGUGAUGUACACUAUCUAAGAGACACAUUACCACCAUCAGACCACCCUAAAGAGCAACACAUGGGUGAUAUACACUAUCCAAGAAGGGCAUUACCACCGCCAGACCACUCUCAACAGCAACCCACGUGUAAUGUUAGUGAUGUACACUAUCCAAGAAGGACAUUACCACCGUCAGACCACCCUCAACAGCAUCACAUGGGUGAUGUACACUCUCCAAGAAGGACAUUACCACCGUCAGACCACCCUCAACAGCAACUCAUUGACGAUGUACGCUCUCCAAGAAGGACAUUACCACCAUCAGACCACCCUCAACAGCAUGUUGGCAAUACAUCAGAUACUGUAUUUCAAUUCUCUCAGACACACAGAGAGGGUAGCAGUCGCUUGAGCAGGCCUUACAAGAGGCAAGCUACUUGUACUCAGUCAAGAGUUCCACAGGAUGAUCCUGAAAUCCCAGAGAAGCAAUCAAAGUAUGAAGUGUAGUUGCUUCGGUAUCGCUAGAGUAAGACAGUGGUAACACUUCAUCUUGACUUUGUGUAUGAUACAGGGCUCCACACUAAGUUUGUUUGGAAAAUAGGUUCAAAUUUGUUUCCACUCUGUAUGCACUAGCCCUAUGUAAAAACAUCCAAAUUCUGGUGGUCCGGACCUAGAUUUUGGGCAUCCAUGUGUCUCUGCUAGCCUGUUAGUGUCAAGCCCUGGACUGAUAGCAAGAAAUCUUUGGUAAAAUAAGGGGGUAAUUUUUGGUGAGGUUUGCAAAUGUAUUUUUUUGUUGGAAAAAGGCCGUUUCCUUCUUCUUCACCUACUGGUAGACGAGUGCAGUCCACUAUCUGGGUUUAGAAUGAAAAAAUCGAGAGAAAGGGAUCAUAUUAUUGUCACAAUGUUCAAAAAAUGUGAAAGGUAUUUGUAGAAAGUGAGUCCAAAAAUAGAAUAGGUUUUGUGAAUGUGUACUUAAUAAGCCCUAAACAGAGUUGCAUCAAGAGCCCAAUGUGUACAUGUUUUAUGCUGAAAGGGGUCAUGUUGUGUGGAAAAUGUUUCCUGAAAAUACUGUACUCUAAAUAGGGGGUCAUUUUUUUCUCAGCUAAGAUCAUGCAUUAUGCCUGUCGAUAGAAGGCGACACCGCCAGCAACUAGUUGUUAUAAUGAUAAUAAUGGUGGCUUCUGAUAUAGUGAUGCUGUCAAGCCAUGACGCUCCUUAAUUGUGCUCAAACAUUAUUACCCUGGCCCUAGGCGGCCUCCAAAUAUAUCACGCUUUGGCAUAUCGGGUGCUUAUCUAUACCUGGGUGGAGAGUGGCAAAUGUGGAUUAAUGCCUUGUCAAGGAUGUUAGUGCUUUAGACAGUUUAUGUAGUGCAUGUACCAAGUAUAUGUGUAUUGUAGAGUUUAACCAUGUUGUUUUUGGUGAUUUGCAUGCAAUGUAUGAAAUACCACUCAACUUUCACAAAGUGAGUUAUGAGUUAAAGUAUGUAAUAUGUCAAAUUAUCUUUCAAAAUGUCACUGUAUUUGUCAAUGUCAUUGCACAUUUUUAAUACAAAAUAUAAUUAAGUAGAAUCUAAAUCAACUAGUGAAUUUGCUACCAGAAAUGACCCAGAUGUUAAUAGCCAUAUUGCUCUAGUUAUCUUGUCUAUGAACUUGAUAGAACUCAUCAUGAUAGUCGAGAACUAGCUUUGUCUGGUAAGGGUGUAUGAAUAUAGGCCUGAGUUAUCAGUGUAUUAUUGACGUGGAUUAUUGUUUGUAAAUAACUACAUCCAGUUUUAGAUUUUAAAAUCCAUCUGAGGAAAUAUUUUCCUGGAUUUUCUUUACAUCAUUCCAGUGUACAUGUUAAUAUGCUGCUAUAAUUUUAAGAUACAUGUCUCUUUUGUCAAUGUAACAUGCCUGAGUUAUCAGUGUGAUAUUAAUUAAAAGUGGAUUAUUGUUUGUACAUGUUUAACUACAUCCACCAGUACUAUAUUAAAUCCGUUUGAGGAAAUAUUUUCCUGGAUUUUUUGGGACAUCAUUCCAGUGUACAUGUAAAUAUGCUGCUAUAAUUUUAAGAAACAUGUCUCUUUUGUCAAUCUAACAUGCCUGAGUUAUCAGUGUGAUAUUUAAUUGAGAUGGAUUAUUGUUUGUACAUGUUUAACUACAUUCACCAGUACUUAUAUAUUAAAUCCAUUUGAGGAAAUAUUUUCCUGGAUUUUCUUUACAUCAUUCCAGCGUACAUGUAAAUAUGCUGCUAUAUAUUGUUUACCAUACAUGUGUAUUCUAAUUGUAUUCAGUACCGGAUUUCAAUAAUUUUUAUGAUACAUAUUCCAGAUUAUGAUACAUGUAUAUUUUGAACUUGUAUAUGUUUGCCAUACUUGCCUUGUACAUAUGUUUUAUAUUUUAGUAAGUUUGCAUUCCUGAUUGGCUUAUAAGAUACAAACAUAGACACUACUCUCAUGAGCAUUCCAUUACCUUGCCUUUUGAUCACCAUCCUCUUCUGAUUAAGUGAUGUCAUUUUCAUAAUCCACUCUGAUUUUCGUAAUAGACAAUGCAAAUCGCUCAGAUCUGUGAGUUUAUUCUGAAUUAUGUCAUGCAAAAGGAUGUACUAAACAUUUCUAUGUAUAUUGGAUGAUCAUGAACUACUUUUUAGUGCCUUAGAUAUUUCAACAUUUUGAUGUACAAAGGAGACGGUCUUUCUAUGUGUAUUGGAUGAUCAUGAAUUUCAGAAAUAUAUUUUGCGUUGCCUUAGAUAUCUAAACAUUGUGAUGUACAAAUGAGACGGAAGAAUGUGCUAGGUGUAGUUUGAUUAUGGUUUAUUUGUAUCCUAUAGCUGAAAUGGUGUCACGAGACACUCGACAUUCUGUUAUAUUUAUUCGUUAUUAUUUUGCAGGUUAUAACGCGUGCAUAAGUGAAUUAGAAUGGGCACAUCUCUUCUAGUUCUCUACGCGAUAUAUUGCAUGCAUUUCAUUGCACAGUGUAACAUAUUCACCUCCAAAUUUGGAAUUCCCCUCGUGCCGUUAUAUUUCAUCUUCAGCCUAUGGCCUCAGUAAAGUACAACAUCACUCGGGGAAAUUCUGAAUUUUCAGUUCAUAUAUGCAAGUGCCUAUGCUAAUUCUAAAGUGAGGGAAGCUUAUCCUUUUUAUGUAAAAUACGACUGUAUGCAUGUACAUACAAGCAUAUAUUCAUCUUAUUGAAAUGUUCAUUGUAUCUGGUUCGGGAUAUUUUUUAUAUAUUUCAUUUAAUCUAUAUAUACUCAAUUGAUAAAUUUAAGCUUGAUAAGAUUCAAAUUCGAGUGGGAAGUUUGAAUAAAUUUGAAAAUCAAAUGAAA